GAAAAUGAGCAUCACAGAUAUUCUUAGUGCUGACGACAUUGCGGCAGCCCUGCAGGAAUGCCAAGACCCAGACACUUUUGAACCACAAAAGUUCUUCCAGACAUUGGGCCUCUCCAAGAUGUCUGCCAGCCAACUGCAGGAUGUCUUCCGGUGCAUAGACAAUGACCAGAGUGGAUUCUUGGAAGAAGAGGAGCUCAGGUAUUUCCUCCAGAAGUUCCAGAGCGACGCUAGAGAGCUGACUGAGUCAGAGACUAAGUCCUUGAUGGACGCGGCGGACAAUAACGGAGACGGGAAGAUCGGGGCUGAAGAAUUCCAGGAAAUGGUGCAGUCUUAAAGCCCAAGUCUAUGGAAGAAAGAGAGGAAGGGGCGUUCUGCCGGACGGUCUCCCAAGCCCUGGGACUGGGAAGCUCCCCAACCUAUCCUGAACUAAUUUAUCAAGUCCUCCCCGCACCCCC